AUGGCUACUUUUCUAUCUCUGCCUUUGGAGGACGUUAUUUUCCCUCAGAUCCUUUCCCGACUUGCUCCUUUGGAAGUAUGGUCACUAAGACUUGUUUCUCGAGACUUCUACUCACUUGUUUACGAAUAUUAUGCUACAAGCUGUCACAGAGUGGACUUUAUCAAACUAGAGGAGCUCAAUGUUCAUAUUGUCUGUAGGAUAUUGACUCACUGCCAGAGACUCAAGCAGCUCAGAUUAAAUGGUGAUUGUCUCAGGCAUCAUGGUAACAGUAAAACUAAAGGUGACCAUAUUUUGCUGUCACUGAAAAGAACGAGACCUUCUCUUUCUGUGCUGCAUUUACAGUCCUUACUUCUUUCUGGAACAGCAGUUGAUAUCUUAAAGGAUUGUUGCAAAGAUAUCAAAAGACUCUCACUCAUUGACAUAACUGUAGAAGGAAAGCCAAAUGAGAUGAGUAAUAUAAUCAGUGAUGAUUGCUCAUCGUUGGAAGAAAUUAGAAUUGUUGACUCCUCUUUCUCUCAUCACCGAUUACAGACAGUAUUACCAGAACAAAAAGAAUUGAAAAUAUUAGAGCUAAGCGGAUGCCAUCAUGUCAAGCUUGAAUUCAUAUUCCCUUCCCUACCUUUCCUCCAUACACUCUCCUUUAGUCACUUAUCCUGGAUAUCAGACCAAAUAUUACUGACAGCAAUUGAGUAUUGUCCAUUGACUGUAUUGGAGGUCUCUCAUUGUCCUCUAGUGACGUAUAAAGGAUUGCAGAUGUUACAAGAAAAAGGAGUAACUGUUAUUAGCAAUGUAUUAUCACCCAAUGUAAUACCAACAUCAUCUUUUACAAUAAACCAGAUAUAAAAAAUAGUUAAUAAA